AACAGUGUGUGUGUGGAUCUGGUCGCCUUGUUAGGUCUGCUAAAACAUUUCCGACAGCACCAACUGUUUGGUGAUAGCAGCGCCAGUGACGGGAGGCAUGGACAGGGGAAAGGGGCUUUUCUAUGGCCACCUUGGAAAGAUCCCUGGCUCAACCAGAAAAAAAGAAGACAUCCAAAAAACAGUUCAACUAAAUAAUCGCAUAUUAGUUUUACCUCUGGGGGAAAAAACAACCGUAACAAAUCUUACUAAGUCAGCACAGACUGAAGUUCAUGACUCUGAAAUCGAACGGCGAUCAACAGAAGAAGAGUACUGAAGUAAUCCAAGGGAAUGAGAGAUCAUAAAGUAGGCUAAAAUGCGCGCCUGAAACAAAUUGCUUUGACGUGUCUAUAGAGUGCAAGGCUACAUGGAAAAGACCCCAAAAAUAUUCAAGAAAAAUACAAAGAACAGAUUCUAAGCACAGUGCCAAGGAUCUCCUAAAUCGUUUUUGAUGACAGGUGAAGGCGGAUCCAUUCUGAUAUUUUAUCUUGACCAAGAUUUUUUUUAAGUCAUUGAUUUGACUCUGCCUUUAAAACUAUAUUUUUUGUCUGCAGUCACAGAAGGGAAGGUAUGAGUGGAGGUCGUUUUGAAUUUGAUGAUGGUGGAGCUUAUUGUGGUGGCUGGGAAGGUGGCAAAGCCCAUGGGCAUGGGAUCUGCACCGGACCUAAAGGACAGGGCGAGUUCUCCGGGUCCUGGAAUUACGGGUUUGAGGUGGUUGGAGUCUACACCUGGCCCAGCGGAAACGCCUAUGAAGGCUUCUGGUCGCAAGGGAAGCGCCAUGGUCUAGGAGUUGAGACUAAAGGACAUUGGGUUUACAAGGGAGAAUGGACUCAUGGCUUCAAGGGGAGAUAUGGCUUGAGGCUGAGUGUUGGUAGUGGGGCAAAGUAUGAAGGAACGUGGAAUAAUGGAUUGCAAGAUGGAUAUGGCACAGAGACCUAUGCUGAUGGUGGCACAUUUCAGGGCCAGUUUACUGGCGGCAUGCGACACGGGUAUGGAGUACGUCAGAGCGUGCCUUACGGCAUGGCGGCGGUCGUUCGCUCCCCUCUCCGCACCUCCCUCACCUCCCUCCGCAGCGAGCAAAGUAAUGGCACCCUGCUUCAGCAGGACGUCCCCGUCAUCAUUGCCACCAACGCCGCCGGCCAGGAGGCCCGAGUCUCCACACCCACCCAGCUGGGACCCUCCCGGGGCGGCUUCGCCCUCACGCUCCAGGUGGACCCAGAUGCUGUCAAGCCCAAGAAGAAGGGCCUGUUCCGAAGGGGGUCUCUCCUGGGGAAACUGAAGAAGUCUGACUCCCGUACUUCCUUAUCCAGUGUGAGGAGCAAGCUAAGCUUCCUGGGAGCGAGGAGCGAGUCAGCGUUGAGUUCGGCGGCCAGCGAUGUGGCCAGCGAUGCCAACUCCACCAUCAGUCUGGGAGACGAGAGCCUGGCCGGGGCAGAGGAUUUCCCCCCUGUGGAGGCCGACAUCGACGCCACCACCACAGAGGUUUACAUGGGGGAGUGGAAGAACGACAAGCGUUCAGGCUAUGGAAUAAGCGAACGUUCCAGUGGGCUAAAGUAUGAAGGUGAAUGGCUAGACAACCAGCGACACGGCUAUGGAUGCACCACCUUUGCGGAAGGAGGGAAGGAGGAAGGAAAGUAUAUGAACAACAUGCUGGUGAAGGCCAUGAAGAAGAGGGUUAUCCAACUGAAGGGCACCAAGAUCAGGCAGAAGGUGGAGCGCAGUGUGGAGGGAGCUCAGCGGGCGGCGGCCAUCGCCAAACAGAAAGCAGAGAUCGCUGCCUCCAGGACGACCCAUGCUAAGGCCAAGUCAGAUGCUGCUGAUCAGGCUUCCCAGGCCUCCAACCAGGAGUCCAGCGUCGCCAGGGUGGUGGCCAGGGAACUGUCCCCUUCCUUCUAUCAGCCAGGCCCAGAGUACAUGAAGAAGAGAGCACUACAGGAGAUCUCAGAGGCCAAUGAGCACACAGACCCUAUAAUGCAUGAGCCACUGUUAGCAGAGCAGCCACUGACACCUGCUGAAAGCCCAAUGCUGCACGACAGGCCUGGCUCCACUCCAGCCCGCACGCCCUCCCCCAGCCCAGCCGUCACCCCUCCAGCAUCCAGGCACUCCAAACAGGGCAGCGUCAGCAAAGAGGAUCCCCAUCUGCUCGGCCCUGCUGGCUGGAACGGGGACAAAGGUGGUGGAAGUAGGGGGAGCAGCCGUCCCAAUAGCAGAACCAACAGCCGACCCACCACCCCCUCGUCCAAUGUGGCCACCACCACUCCCGCCCCUCCCACUGCUCCCCCUGAAGAGUGCCCCACUUCUGCCCCCAUCCUUAGCAGCCGGGGGAACUCCCGUGCCUCCAGCCGCCUGAGCAACAAGGUAGAGCAGGGCUCCGACCUGGAGAUCAAGCCCCUGGAGAAGACGGCCUCUGAGGCUAAAGUGCCCGACGCUGCUCCCUCGGUAAGAACCAGUGUCGCCUACUCAGAAGAAGAAGAACCACCCCCUCAUCCCGCCACCAAAGUGUCUUCCAAAGCUGCCGUCAACCCCGAGCUUAAUGCGGCAGAGCCCAAACAAAGAACAGAGUCGGUCAAUGAACGACCAGUGUCCGCCGUAUCUGAGAGCAAACCAGAGUCCAGCGCUCAGUCUGUCAAUAAAGUGUCACCCAAGCCAUCGCCGUCACCCAAGCCAUCGCCAAAACGAGAGGCCAGUCCGGCUUCAAAACCUGACACACCUGCACCCAAACCAGCACCUAAGGUUGAACCCAAAGCGGAGGCCAAGCUGAUGAAGAACAUGGUAAAGAGCCCAUGUACAAGUGAAGUUACAGCGCUAAAUGAAUUUGAGCAGGGUCCGAACACCAUCAUGAUAACCAUGGUGAUUCUGCUCAACAUUGGCCUGGCCAUUCUCUUCGUACACAUCUUGUCAUGAAACUCUGUUGACCCAGGUCACCAGCUUGCAUUAGUGUUGAGGUAAGAUUGCCCACAUUUUUAAGCAAGGAUCAUCCAGAACAAAGAGAAAAUUCAAGCCUUAUAUGGAAGGAAACUGACAACAGCUUCUCCACACACAGCCUCUUGUGACUGUGUUGAGGAUCUUUGUGGCUAAACUGAUUUUCAGAUGCUUGGAAUAUCUGGAGCCGAAUUGAAGGACAUAUGAAUCCAUAUGAAUCAAGACUGAAGGACAUCAAUGAAUCUGAAUGUCAGGAAGAGGGUCUGAAUGGACACUGUGCUUGUAAAGGGGGUAACCACUGGUGAGUUUCAGUAUCUACACUGGAGAUGGCAUUGCGUGUUAUACACUGGUGAAGUCUACGCUAACAAGGAAAUGUCACUGUUUCUGAGUCCCAACUAAAGCACCGUGUGUCAUGUUUUAUCAAACACAUUAACACCGACAGAUUAGAGUGGUUGUUGACUGGACAGGUGAGGUUGUGUUCACACAGUCAGCUCAUUUCUGAUAUUUUUUCCACUAAUUGGUCUUUUGACCAAUCAAAUCAGAUCUUUUCACAUCAGAUCUUUUUCAGAGAUGAUCUGAUUGGUCAAAAGACCAAUUAGUGAGAAAGAAAAUCAGAAUUGGGCUGCCUGUCUAAACUCAGCCUUGGUGUCAGGAAAUGAUUAGUUAUGUAAUUAGAUAUGUAUUUAACCGAUAGCUUGCCUAUAGAAAUGUAAUCUCUUGGAAAAUCUCAAAUAAACGGGAUAUCCAUCACUCAUUUUUUCCUUGAAAUUUAGUUUGAUAGAUCAGGGUUUUCCAAACUUGGUCCUCGGGACCCCAAGGGGUGCACGUUUUGGUUUUUGCCCUAGCACUACACAGUUGAUUCAAACAAUCAACUAAUCAUCAUUUGAAUCAGCUGUAUAGUGUUAGGGCAUAAAACCAAAACGUUCACACCAUGGGGUCCCGAGGACCGAGUUUGGGAAACGCUGAGAUAGAUGAAGACAGUAAUGAUUAGCUGUUUGGGGGGUAAUACUCAGUGUUCCAAUUUAUAAUAAAAAAAAAAUAUAUAUAUAUAUAUAUAUAUAUAUAUUAUGCCACUAUUAGUUGAUCUGUUUUCUUUUUUUUGCGAUAUUCUCAACUUUCUUCAGUAGACAUCAGUAAAGACAUCUCACAGUCUCUUUGACGCCGUCUCUUUGACGGGACAGGGCUCUUGUAAGACAUGAAAUGCAGAAUCUUGAUUCGACAACGCCUGAGAAUCAGUGAUUCUUUUAACCGCAAUGACAAUGCAACCCACCACAGCAGUGCAAUGUAAUGUACAGCUAUGUUUUCACAUCAAAUAUUUUCUUUCCAAGGCAAAUGAUUGAGUGAGUCACACUGGACGUUUUAAAGCAAUAUCUGUAACGGGAGUGGUACUGCACUAAUGACGUGCGCUGUAUAAUUCAGUAAGAGGCUUUCAAAUGACACAGAAUAGAGGAUACAUUUUAGGACUUUAACCAGUGUGUGUGGUAUUGAAUUUCUGGUGUGAUGUCUACUGUAUGUACACUGUUUUCUGUAUGUCUGAUCAAAAGUAAAGUAAAGCACCCUAUUGUAUGGUUUGAUUUCAAUAAAAACAUGACUCAAUUGAGAGUCACAGUGACAAAUA